ACAUUGCUUAUCCUCCUACCUUUUACUCUUGCGAGCUUUCCAAGACCUCAGAAGAAGUUCAAACAUGGAGAAGAUGGAGGACUCUAUACCCUGUUCAGGGAAACAAGGAGAUUCAGAAGACGAGUCCAAGGAGGUUGUGAACUUUGACAAGUCUCUCCAGGAACUGAAAGACUUGAGCUCCCAACUUCAUUAUGCUGCUGAAUACUGUGAAUCAACCUUCUUGGCUGCCCAAGAAAAGAGAGCUGUGGUGGAAAACACAAAAGAGUAUGUAUGCAGAGCUGUGAUUACUGUUGUUGAUCAUCUCGGAUGCGUUUCUGCUAACCUCAAUGGCCUCAUUUCCGAGACUAAUGAAUUUUCAGACGCCGAGCUGCGAGUAGAUUGCCUCAAACAAAGAAUUCUCCUGUGUGAACAAUUUACCCACAAGCUUGCUCUCACAAGAACAAGAUGGCAUGAGACUUUGCCGAGGCAUAGCGCACGUUUUCUAUUUGCACCUAUCAGACAUGAUGAGAAAUCUAAUGAAGAUAUGAGGGAUUCUGGAAAACCAGCCUUUCGGAAAACUAUUGACAAGCAUGAAUUUGAGAAAGAGGAAGCAAUGCCACUUUUCGUGUACACUUACUCACACAAACCAUCUUUGUCCAAGGAUAAUGCUAAUUCAGCUUUAGUGCCUGUUCGUGAUGGCCUAUCAAUCCUUUCCAGAGGUCCAAAUCCUACAUUUCAUUUUCAGGAAACUCGGAAGAAAGGACGCAACAUUAGGAAAUCUGGGCAGGGUGGUGACAUUUUUUCACUCAUGAGACGAGCUAGACGAGCAAUGUGAAAACUGAAAACUCCUGAAACGCUCCAUAUAUGUAUUUCCAGUGGCAGCUAGACUUAUGUUGAUGCUCAUCAUAUAUGUCGAUCAGUUGAUGCGAACAUUAUUCAUAUGCUUGUUAAUAUAUGUAAAAGAAGGGGUAGCCAGAUAUAAUAUAGUCC